AUGAUUUUCGGAGAGGCAGGGUCAUAUCUCCUCGAGGAUCUCAAGUCGAGUUUCCUCAAGCCUUACAGGCACGCGGAGGUGAAGGCAUUGCAAGGCGAGAACGGGUAUCUGGACUCAAAAAUGGAGGAGGUCAGAAGACUAGCUGGAGAAGGAAUAUCCGAGGAGCUUUCUGUGAACUAUGUCAUGAUAAAAUACUUCAAGGAGCGAAACGAAAGGAUACUCAGGAGCUACAAGCUCCACCGGUCCCUAUGUCUUUUCGAGGACUUCUUCUCUUCUAAGAAAACCUCUGGCACUCUUUCCUCCGAGGAGGAGGAAUACAUGGAGAGAUACCAUGGGAUUCUUAGAGAGUACCUCGAGCCUUUCAGACAUAUCGAUUUCGCAAUGGAAAUGCCUCCGAUACAGUUCUUCGUGCAAAUAGUCACGCUGGAAGAUUGCGGAAUAGUGAUGGACGAAGGAAACCUUAUAGAGCUCAAAAAAGACAGAAUAUAUUUCAUUAAGAAAAGCAUUGUUUCCCAUUUGAUUGGAAGCGGGCUUGUGCGCAUCAUUUAA